CAGGGACUAACUAGCUAGCGGAUUGACUCGCUGUAAAUACUUCUGUGUCAUUUUAUCGCAUAGUUUGUGGUCUGUUGUCAACAUUUUGUAAAUUUCAUCGCAACAUGAAAGUCGAGAGUCUCGCACGCCGUCAUGGUGUGCCGUGUGACAACUCAUAGGGAUUACACAAGUCACCUGGAAUGGACUUAGCCUCAACAAACAUGUACGACACCUUCAAAGAUGAAAUCUGGAAAGAGCUGGGACCACUGGACCCCGACUGGUUUGAUAUACUGACAGCUCAAGCGUUCACUAAUGAGGGAAGUGUCUCUGAUCAAGAGGACAUCUGUGCUAACCAAGAGGGAAAUUUUAAAACGCCUUUCAACAAAACUGCACUUGACAGUCAGCUGUUUUCAACACCCAAAGUUUUCAGACACAAUGGAGUUGUGUCCCCUGAAACUGAAGAUGAGCAGUCCUUCACUGUUGAGCAAGAAAAGGAAACACUGCCAUGGACGGCAACACAAAGUCCAUGUUUGUUUGAGAUGUCAAAAGAGGGGGUCCCAGGAGUCCGGCCUCAGAGUCAGGACAGUUUUGAUUUGCUUCCUACCCCAAUCAGCCAUGCCAAGCAAAUAUCUGAAAGUCUUGGUGCACAGAUUCAUCCUGAUAUAUCGUGGACCAGUUCUCUGAAUACCCCACCAGCUGUGCUAUCCACCCUGAUUUUAUCUAAAACAGAUGAGAGUCCCUGCCCAAUGAGUGUUUCUGAUGAAAAAAAUGUUGUUUUUGUACGGAAGCUUUUUCCUUAUCUUUCAAAUACAUCCAGAGAUGGGGCAGUAUCACCCAAAAACAAUGACGUGCCCACUGUUCACCGAGGUGUUGUUUCCCCAGUGUCUGAUCAUAAUCCAGAAUUCCACAAUUCCCCCCAGAAUCGGGGUGAGAGUGUUUGGAGACAGAAGCUACCAGAUGCUAUUGAGGAUGGAGAAAUACGCAGCACAGUUGCGAGUGUUCUUGAUGGAGCUGAAAAUGUUCUCUCAGUAUUUUUCGCCAACAGUAGUUCAGCGCUGAGAAAAGUGAAAACUGAAAGAAUCAAGAGGAAGCAAAUCAUUCCAACCAAAGAACAUGGUUGCAGCUCUACAGACAUGUCAUCUACAAAAAAUGCUGUGUCCAGCGAACAGAGAACAGAUAAGUGGGAACCUGUCAAACUUUCCUCUCCCCCGCCGGUGAAAAAUGGAGAUGUUGAGAUAACCCAGUGGUCUCCAUUGAGUUUAUCUGAAAUUCCUCCCUGUACUGUAGAUUCUUCUUGCCAUGAUAACAGUCGUGUUGCACAAGUGGAAAACAACAUUUUAACAGAGAAACUGCCGAGUGACUCUGAUUCUGGCCGUUCCAUGAGAGGGAGUGGCAGCGAAAAGAAACACCUUUCAAAACAAGAUCAAAGGGUGACAAACACCUCUGAGGAGAGUGGAAGUGGAUGCACCAAGUUUGAAAAUAUGAACGUUGGACAAGUUGUUAACCAUGGAAACUCGCUGCAUCAUGAUGAUGUAGAGAUUCACAGAGGUGUCUUUAAGAACAUUUUGACAGAACAAAAGCCGAAUGACUCUGAUUCUGGCCAGCUGUUCAGGCCACCUUUGAAAAUCGCAGACUCUGGAUUUACUAAGAAAAAGAGAAAAUUUAUUUAUUCUAUUGAGAUGUCAAAAACACAAGUUCAAGGAAAAGAAACCCAGUCUCAGAAGAUUGACCCAGUACCAGGGAUUCCAGAUUCUGGAUACAAAGCCAAGCCGUUGGGGAAAGCACCAGGUGAAGCAGACUGUUGCAGUGUCAGGGGGAAUGAGAUACAAAAACAGGAAAAUGAAGAAAAUCUACCUACUUCUGUACAAGCAAAAGUCCAGGAUCUUGACAUGUCGCAGCUCUGCAGAGAUUUUGCGCAAGACUUCAGUCAAAUGUUAGACCCCAGUAAAGUAAGUGAAGUAGCAGAGGAUACUCCUCGAAAUGGCUUCUCCUCAUCGGCUUGUCUGUCAGUCAUGAGACGAGCUAAACAGAGAGCAAGGCAAACAAAUGUUAACCAGGACUGUAAUGGUGUCGGUAACGGAGGACACGUUUCUAACACUAAUCAAAAUUACUCCAUCAAUGAGGGCACAGUCAGUGACAGUGGAUUCCAGUCUGCUGUUACAGAUGACACUCACCUGACGACAACAUUGUGUAUUCUUCCCAGCUCGGAGAACAUUGGUCAAAGUCAGAAGUGGACUGGAUGUACAGCUGGUAUCCACACGACUGCUUCUUUUCUAUCUACAAACACAGGAAAUGGAAAAUAUCCUUUGGAUGAUAUUUUACAAGAAGCUGACACUGAUGCCAAGCUGCACAGUGCAAUAAAGGAAAGCCAGACACUGGGCCCUUGCAGAGAGAGUGAGUUGCACACACAGAGCACAUCAACACAACCCCCGAGCAGUGCAAAAGGAACCGCAAAUAACCUUAAUUGCUUUCCACUCAAUAGUCAAGUUAAUGGCAGUUUCCCAGAGAAAACAACAGUUUCUCUUUCUUCCGUCCAUGCAUCAGGAUUCAAAACUGCUUCAAAUAGGGGUAUACAAAUUUCUUCAGCCAACCUAGAGAGAGCCAAGCGUCUCCUUGAAGAGAAUGAAGCUGAAAGGACGUUUAGUGAUCAGCCCAUCAACAGAGACCAUGACGCUAAAGAGGAAGUUAGCAUGACUAAUCAAGCAGUAUUGAAAAAUACAGUCUCUAACUCAAACCAGCCACCUUAUUCAUGUGAAAAGUUUGGGGAUAUCAGUUGCCAGUUAACAGCUUCACAAAAAGCUGAUGUGACAGAACUGUGCACUCUCCUGGAAGAAGCAGAUAGCCAGUUUGAAUUUACACAGUUCAAAACUGCAAAGCUGCAGCAGCAUUGUCAAGAUAAUGUAACCUGUCCCCAAAAAGUUGACAAAGAACUUGACCCUGAUUUUCUUAUGGGCAUUGAUUUUGAUGACAGCUUUAGUUCAGAUGCUGAAAAGCACCUGGCAAUAACUGUGAUGCUUGAUAAAAGGGCCCCAGUUUCAGAUGGUAAAGCAAACUGUGUGACAUCAAAGGGAAAGAGUAAAUCCACAGUUAUAUCAUCGUCAAGUGCAAUGAAAAAAGAAAAUUCUUCUACUGAAGACGUGUCUUCCUCUUCGAAGCACACCUCAGAAGGCAGUAUUAUGUCAGCUGAACCCAAAAACCUUGACAGAGCUGGGUUCACUGAAACAAGCAAGCAGGAGAACAAAAAUCCUUUGAUGCUUGGUGUAGGAUUUAAAACUGAGAGAAGAAAUGUUUUGAGAGUUUCAAAAAAAUGUUUUAGCGAAGCUAGAGCUUUGUUUGCAGAUUUAGAGGAAAAUCUGACAGAUCAGAAAUCACCAGAUGCGCAAAGCAGUGAAGUUGAUGCUAAAACCGAGCAGAGGCGGGUCACAAGCAUUAGAGAUAAAGAUUCUGCCAGAAAUUUUGAAAAUAGAAUGGACAAAUCCAUGUGUCGAAGUGGGUUCCAGAUGGCCAGUGGGAAAGGGAUUAAUAUUUCAGAAAAAGCUAUUCAAGAGGCAGAUGCUUUCUUCAAAGACUGUGACAUCAGUGACAGCAGCACUGGCAUGUCAAUAAAACAAAAAAAGGGCAUAGAAUCCUUGCCUGCAAGUGUCAGUCAUAAGAAAAAACAUUCAAAAUUCAAAAAUGUCGAGGGGAUUAAAGAAAACGUCUCUGAAGCACCAAUCUGUGAAUUUGAAAAAGUGAAGGCUGGACCAGCAACAGAGGUUUUGAGGCAUAAUGUGGAGAUUCAGAGUUCUGCUUUUAAGAAUACAUCGGCUUUACCAAAUGCAGUUUCUUUCCAUGGAAACUUGUCGGAGAGCACUGGUUCCUCUGCCAUUAAUCGGUUGAGCAAUGGAGGUGGAUUCUCUACAGCCAGUGGGAAGAAAGUAUCUGUGUCAGCUGAUGCAAUGAAAAAAGCCCAGUGUCUUUUGAAUGAAAUUCAUACAGAUGAGGACACAAAGGAACAACUGAAACAGAAAGGAGAUGCUCUAAGAACAGGUCAUCUCGCCAAUCAGAUUCAAGUUGCACCACCUAAAAAUGACGGAUUUCAGACAGCCAGUGGCAAAAGAGUUGUCAUUUCAUCUGCAGCUCUCAAGAAAGCAAAAUCAUUGUUGAGUCAAUGUGAAGCAGUUGAGGAUGAAGUCAGUGUAAAACCAACACAUUCCAAGAUGCCUGUUCUUAGCCUUUCAUCCAGGAAUAGUGGAUUUCAUGCAGCCAGUGGUAAGCCUGUGGCACUUUCAGCUGAGGCCCUCCAGAAGGCAAAAGCUCUUUUCAGUGACAUCACUUUCAGUGCAGAGAUCCCAGCUGUUUCAGACACAAGGAAUAGCGACAAGAAACAAGACAAUACUGGAAAUUCAGACAGAGUACAAUGUGGUUUCAUGACUGCAGGGGGAUCAACUGUCCGUGUGUCUCAGAAAAACCUGUUGAAAGCCACAAACAUUUUGAAAGAAUUUGAUGAUUGUUCUAUUCCUGCAAAGGCAACGCAAGGAGCAGAUGCUUUCUUCAAAGACUGUGACAAUAUGGACAGUAGCAAUGGAAUCCGUGAUAAAAGUGUAGAACCUGUGAGAGGGAGUCGCAGUGAGAAGAAACACCUUUCAAAAUUUAAACAACAUCAGAGGGUGACAAACACCUCUGAAGAGAGUGGAAGUGGGUGCGCUGAGUUUGAAAAUUUGAGUCUGCGACCAGUUGUCAACCAUGAAAACUUGCUGCAUCAUGAUGAUGUGGAGAUUCCCAAAGGUGUCUUGAAGAACACACCAGACUCUCCAAAUGGAAACCCGCCUUUGAUGGCAACGCCACUUUCUUCCCCAUUGUGCACAAUAUCAAAGAACAUCGGUUCCUCUGUCUUCAGUGAAUUUAGCAGCAGUGGUGGUGGAUUCUGUACCGCCAGUGGAAAAAAAGUAUCUGUGUCGGAUGACGCAAUAAAAAAAGCAAAAUCGCUAUUGAGUGAAAGUGCUGUCUUUACGGACACAAACAAACAACUGAAACAAAAAGAAGACCGUUUGCCACCACAGAACAGUGGAAAAGGAGUUGCUAUUUCAUUUGCAGCCCAGAAGAAAGCAAAACCUCUGUUAAGUGAAUGUGACGGAGUUGAGGACAAAAUCAGUGUAAAGCCAACACAUGCCAAGAUACCAGAUUCUUGUUCAUCACUCAGGAAUGGUGGAUUUCUUGCAGCCAGUGGUAAGCCUGUGGCAUUUUCUUCUGAGGCCCUCCAGAAGGCAAAAGCUCUCUUCAGUGACAUCAGUUUCAGUGCAGAGAUCCCAGCUGUUUCGGACACAGGGAAGAGUGAUAAACACAAAGAUACUCGAAUAAAUACAGAAAAAGUACAUUGUGGUUUCACAACUGCGGGGGGAGCCAAAGUCCGCGUGUCAGAGAAAAAUCUUUUGAAAGCAAAGAACCUUUUGAAAGAAUUUACAGAUGGGGAGAGUCAUGAUUCAAACUCAUGCUCAACAAGCCCACAUGACGCCCAUAAAACAGAUCCAUCAAAAGUGAAAGAUGUGAAAAGUUCAAAUUCUAAUGUCACCACAGCCAGAGACAAGGACAUGCCUGCGAGGGAAAGUGCCCCUAAGGUGGUCAAAUGUGUUCAGUCUAUGAAAGAGACUUACCAUGAAAAUGAAACUCUACAAAAUUCAAGUGCACAUGGUUCUGUUUCGAUCAAAGAAAAGGCGCUUAAAGAGGCAUCGAAGUGUAAAGAAGGCAAAAUUACCCCAUCAUCGGUGGACAACCUCCAUGACACUCCCGGAGCUGAGAUGGCAAAUGUGUUGGACAAUGAAGUAAAUCAUACAAGCAGCAGAGAGGGACCGAAGCUCAAAAGGUCAGAGGAGUCUUCAGGUCUAAUAUUACAGUCACUUAAUCUCAGUGGCUGCACUGAGACCCAGCAGAAGUUUCUGGCCCAGGAAGCUCUUGACUGCACUAAAGCUUUGUUAGAGGAUGAAAGUCUAGCUGGCCAGAGUCUCUCAGUGACGUUAGAAAAUGUGCCACAGCGAGAUGACCCAAAAUCCAACAACAGAUCUGUAGAGGAACAAAAAGGAAGAGGGAAAAGAUCAGUAGACGAUGCAGAUAUGACUGGCCAACCUCCGCUGAAAAGACGAUUGCUGGAAGAAUUUGAUAGGACUGUUGAUGGUCCAAGAUGUUCAACACUCAGACCACAAAAAAGUUGUCCAAAUAGUGUAAUUAAAGACAGAAGAGCUUUCAAGUACAGCGUCUCUCUUCAUCCAAACAUCACAAGGCCACACAAGAAUGGAAAAACCUAUGUGGAAACCAGCCAGCAAAAGACAACACCAACACAACAUUCAGCCUCAGGAGAGAGCAGAUCAGCACAUUCCAAGAUGCCAGUGUUUGUUCCUCCAUUCAUGAAAAACACAAAGACCGAGAGUCACAAGAAUACACUCCUCAAGGACAACAUAAGAACACCUUCUGCAUUUGUUCCCCCAUUCAAAAAACAAAGAACUAUUGUCCAAGAGAGCUCAUCUAAACCACAAGAGGAGGAGAAUAAACACCACUAUCUCUUUGUAGCACCCUCUUACAGCAACAUUUUUGUACCGCCCACUAAAAAGAAACAAAGCAGUAUAGAUGUAACUGGUAAUAGAAGCAAAGAAGACAUUGAGACAGUGGCCUUGCCUGAUACUACAAACGAUUAUUUGAAGGAUAAUCAAAAUGUUCCUGUUGGCUGUGGAUCAGAGGACGCUGCUGCAGAGGCAUCAUGUGUGGAGAACACAUUUUCCAGAAGCCAAGACAUGUUUCUGAAUCUUGAAAAUGUGGAACUGGCACGGGAUAUGCAAGACAUGAGAAUCAGGAAAAAGAAGCGGCAGACGAAUCGACCAUUUCCAGGCAGUUUGUUUCUAACCAAAACCUCGGGGGUUUCGAGGAUCCCAUUAAAAGCUGCAGUAAAUGGAAAACCUCCUGCAAGAUACACUCUAAAACAGCUGUAUGGAUAUGGAGUACAUCAGCAUGUGUCUGAGAUCACAAGUGAGACUGCAGAAACCUUUCGCUUCAAUUUGCAACAGUUCCUCAAACUGGAAGCAUUUAUAGACGGAGGUGGUGUUCAGCUUGCUGAUGGAGGAUGGCUGAUCCCCAGCAACGAUGGGACUGCAGGGAAAGAAGAGUUUUAUAGAGCUUUAUGUGACACCCCAGGUGUGGAUCCUAAGCUGAUAAGUGAGGAGUGGGUGUACAAUCACUACAAAUGGAUUGUGUGGAAACAGGCCUCCAUGGAAAGAUCUUUUCCAGAAACAAUGGGAAGCCUCCGUCUCACGCCAGAGCAGGUUCUCCUACAGCUCAAGUACAGAUAUGAUGUGGAGAUCGACCACAGCCGUAGGCCAGCUCUGAGGAAGAUAAUGGAAAAGGACGACACAGCAGCCAAAACCCUGGUGCUCUGUGUUUGUGGGAUCGUCUCCAGGGGUCAAUCCCCAAACAGACAGAGUCGUAAUGACACCAAGACUCCACAAGGAGCUGAUGCCAAGGUUGAAUCCCCAUCUGCAGUUGUUUGGCUGACAGACGGAUGGUACGCCAUUAAAGCCCAGCUGGAUGAACCUUUGACUGCCAUGCUUCACAAAGGUCGACUGGCUGUCGGUUGGAAGCUGAUCAUCCAUGGGGCUCAGCUGGUGGGAUCACAAGAUGCUUGCUCACCUCUGGAGGCACCUGAAUCACUCAUGUUAAAGAUUUGUACCAAUAGCAGCAGACCUGCACGGUGGGAUACUAAGCUGGGAUUUCACAGAGAUCCCCGGCCAUUCCUGCUUCCUGUCUCCUGUUUGUAUAGAAAUGGAGGGCCAGUAGGAUGUGUGGACAUUACCAUACUGAGAAGCUACCCCCUACAGUGGAUGGAGAGGAAACCAGAUGGGGGCGUUGUGUUCCGUUCUGUUCGUGCAGAAGAGAAGGAGGCGAGACGAUAUAGCAGCCACAAACAGAAGGCCAUGGAAAUCCUUUUUGCCAAGAUUCAAACUGAAUUUGAAAAAGAGGAGAAAGGUAAUAACAAACCUCAACGCAGAAGACGGACAAUAAGUCGUCAGGAUAUUGCAAAUCUGCAAGAUGGAGAGGAGCUGUAUGAAGCAGUGGGGGAUGACCCAUCUUACCUUGAGGCUCAUUUGAGUGAACAACAGUUAGAGACUCUACAAACCUACCGUCGCUCUCUGAUGGAGAAGAAGCAGGCUGAUCUGCAGGAUCGAUACCGUCGAGCUCUGGAAGCAGAAAACGAUGAUGGGGGCUGUCCUAAACGAGACGUUACACCUGUGUGGAGACUCCAUAUUGCUGACUCCAUGGGCCAACCUGGCAGUGUUUACCAGUUGAAUCUCUGGCGGCCUUCCUCGGAUCUACAGUCUUUACUGAAAGAAGGCUGUCGAUACAAAGUCUAUAACCUCACCACUUCAGAUGGAAAGAAACGCAGCGGCAUUGAAACUGUUCAACUCACUGGGACAAAGAAAACACAGUUUCAGGACCUACAGGCUUCCCAGGAGUGGUUAACAGCUCGUUUUCAACCGAGGGUUUCUACCAAUUUUGUGAAUAUUCAAAACCCAGAAUUCCAGCCACUGUGUGGAGAGGUUGAUCUCACAGGAUAUAUCAUCAGUGUCAUAGACGGACAGGGUUCCUCUCCUGCAUUUUAUUUGGCUGAUGGAAGACUGAACUUUGUUAAAGUGCGCUGUUUCAGCAGCUUUUCUCAGUCUGGCCUGGAAGAUGUCGUAAAACCCCGUGUGCUGUUGGCUCUGAGUAACCUGCAGCUCAGAGGUCAGUCCACAUGUCCCACUCCUGUUGUGUACGCUGGAGAUCUGACCGUCUUCUCUACAAACCCCAAAGAGGUUCAUCUACAGGAAUCCUUUAGCCAGCUCAGAAACCUGGUCCAGAGUCAGGAGAACUUUUUUCCAACUUGUGAGGAGAAGCUUUCACAUUUAGUCAAGUCUAAUGGCCUGAGCUCCAUCUGUUCUCCAGCUCUGCAACCACAAACCCCAGCUUGUACAUCAGACAGAAGACAAGACACCAGUCUGGUAUGUCAGCAGCCAAUCAGAAGCCUUGGAUCCUUCACACCUGUCAGCAGAAACACUCCUGCAGCAACCCCUUCAACUGAGAAAGACUCCAAAAGCCUGAAGAGGAGAAGAGCUCUGGACUAUCUUUCUCGUAUCCCGUCUCCACCAUCUCUCGCCCAUCUGGGCGCAGUGGCUUCUCCAAGUGUAAAUAAGACAUUCAACCCCCCUCGGAGGUCUGGGACACCAAGCACUUUAAAAACUGUACAGACUCCAGCUCGCAAACCUGUUGUUCCGCAGGUGGAAGAUGAAUGGGUGAAUGACGAGGAACUGGCGAUGAUUGAUACUCAAACAUUGCUUGCUGGUGGUUUACUGAUGUCUUACACCGAAUCCUCCUGUUCGGCCUCUCCUGAUGUAGAAAGCUCUUGUGUGGGUGAAAGUACUGAAGGUGGUAGAGAUGCCUCUGCUGACAAAAACCCUGUUUGUGUGAGCAGUGACUGCAUCAGUCGGGACAGCAGUGUGAGGGAGCGUGUGUUAAAGGAGGUAGGACUCACCAGCACCACCUUCAUUGGUCCGGCAUUUCCUCCAGAAAUAGCCACAAUCAAGUCUGACAUUGAAGACACACUGAGCGAGUUUUAUAAAGAGCUUGAGAAGAUCGAUACACCUGAUGGUGCUAAUGGUAACCCAGGGAAACAAGGUAAAUGUUUUGUUCAACCACCCUCACCUCCAAAAACAUCUAGCAGCAAACAGACUCAGGAUGUACGCAAGGAGAAAAGUGUUCACGCAAUGAAAUCUGAAAAAUCUGACGGCUUCCGGAAAAGCAGUGGACAGAACCAGCCCUCCUGGCCUCACUGGUAUCAAAAUAAGCCAUACUACCCCAGAAGGCCGAGACCAGGCAUGGACCCGAGUUUUGGUAGAGCUGCUCCAACUCAAAAUAACUGGAAUUAUCCUCAACCACUGGACAGACCACCAAACCCAAGAUUACAUACACCCCCAUUCCAUCACGCACCACCCCCAUCUGCAUUCCCAAAUCCCCAAAACCCGCCACCACACAUGAAUCAUAACUGGAGAAGUUCAGGCAUGCCGAACCAGUAUCAAGAGGAGGCACAUUUUCCAACAUUUUCAAGCUUCCCAUCUCAGAAUGUAUACAGUCCCCCCACUCAGGGCUAUUAUGGAGAUUAUCCACAUCACUUAGACAGGGACGAACGGGGUUGUAGCUACGACACAUACUCAGAUGACGGAAAUAGGGGAUGGCCUAGAGACAGAGAAGAAGAGUGGUCUCAGUUCGAUGAAGACAAUGACAGGGGCCAGAGAUUUGUUUCUGAAAAUGAACUCUGGAAGCAACAGCAUCACUGCCGAUCUUCUGAUAACACUCAUGCAUCCUCUUCUUUGGUGCUGAUCUUAAUGAGGGGAUUGCCAGGAUCUGGGAAAUCUACACUGGCCAGGGAGCUGCUCACCACUGGUCCCAGUGGGCUGAUACUGAGCACAGAUGACUACUUUGCUCAAAAGAAUGGCUACCGCUAUGACCCAGGCCUUCUUGGCGUGGCACAUGAAUGGAACCAGAGCAGAGCUAAAGAUGCUAUGCAUGAUUGCCGGUCUCCAAUUAUUAUUGAUAAUACAAACAUUCAAGCCUGGGAAAUGAAGCCAUAUGUCAAAAUGGCCUUGGAGAGAGGAUACAAAGUGGACUUCUGUGAACCUGACACCAGCUGGAAGUUGGAUCCUUAUGAGCUUGAAAAGAGGAACAAACAUGGUGUUCCCCAGGAGAAGAUCAUGCAGAUGCUGGAUCGCUUUUCAUUUCCCAUAUCCAUAGACAUCGUCAUGAGUUCACCAGAGCCGCCUCACAUUAACCAGAGACGUCGACCAGAGCAUGCGCAGACGAUGAGGAGAAACAGAGACUUCUGUUAGUUACUGCAAGGAUUUAACCAGCCAAAUAAUUUGCCUUGAAGAACAACAUUUUUGUAAUGGUUUAAAUACUGUUGCUGCUGUUUCUACAUGAUUUUAAUAUAUAAUUUUGUAUGAUGUAAAUUUGUGGAAUGGCAAAACAAAUAUAUUUUCUCUAAAGAAGUUUUCAUUAUUAAAUUGUCAUGUGUAAAAUCUUUGCUAGAAAAACUCUUUUCUACAUUCCACUCUAUUAUUUUUGAAAUUUGUAAAAUAUGGAACAACAUGGAAAACCAUCUGCCUAAUGUUAGUUUCCUGUUUAAAUUGAUUACCAGUUGCUUGUUAAAAUAGUUUUCAGCAUAUUCUCAUUCCCUUAAAUCUGCAGAGCAUCUGUGAGAAUAUUCUGUUCUGGUAAACCACAAGUUUAUCUCUAUGGUUGUACAAACGCAUUUUUGUUUUGAGCCAAAAAGUUGCUCGUUCUCUCUGUUGGUGCUUGCAAGACACAUCAAAAUGCAAUUUGUAAUGUAAUUUAUUUGUUUAUUUCUCAAUAUUUUAUCAAUUGGACAAUUUCUGCUUUUUUUAAUUUUAGUUUUUGGGCUAAACUGUGAAAGUGAAGCAAUAGUGAAUAUACCGGUAGUACAAAAUAGCCAUAAACUGUUGAGUCUUGUUAAACACUCAGUUUCCCAUGGGACCAGCUGGCCAAAGCAGAAUAAUCCCACUACACCUGCAGUGCGAAAACAAUAUAUAGAGACAUAAGCACUGUAGCUUCUCUGAUAUUCAGCAGAAUAAUAGUGAGUGUGGAGUGUGACGUGCCAGUUUGAUAGCAUUCAUUACUGGGUCUCACAGGAAAUCACAUUUUGCCUUUGUAUUCCCUCUGGUGUUCAUUAAAGCAGCACGAACAGGUGCUGCUUUAUUGACUUCAGCCAGGGAUUAUUUUUGUCUGGACCUCAAGAUUGUUGUUGCUCGAACGUAUAUCUCCAUUUGAGGAGGCAUUUUGAUCCAAUCAGUUUGAAAUUUUAUACAUCAAAUGGUGUUGGCUGAAAUCAUUAUUAUACCAUGUUAGACCCAACUGUUUUAUUGCUGUGGAUUUUGGGCCAUGCUCAUAUUUUCCAGUGGAGCUUCACGUGACAGAUCUGGGUUAGUUUUUCUGUUCUCUGCUUCACAUUAUGCAGACCUCGCUGUUUCAUGUUUAAAAAUAGCACAAAAGGAAAAGAACAUUGAAAACUGGAUGCACAUAAAGUGAGAGUUAUUUCAACCAAGUAUGUGCUGGUUUUGGCUGAUAGAGGAUGAUCAGUGGAGGCUUAAAAUACCAAGGGGGGGACAUCUUGCAUUAGUACCCCAGCAGUAACUGCAGGUAAAGCUAUGUAUGGUUGUUAAGAUUGUCAGAGGUCAUUUUGAAAGGCUUGUGAUGUUAUUAAGCAAAUACCCUCAUUAAGUGUCUUUCAGUCCAUGAUAGUAAGGGUCCACUUUUCUUUCAGUCCUCCUCAUGUGGUAUCUCAUCAUUAGUUUUGAAACUUCGCCCUGCUAUAUCAUCUUAUUUUACAGUGUUUUAAACUGAUUCCAAUUAGUCAAGAUGAUAUUUACUGCAGUUUGAAACACUGUAUAGUAUUUCCUUUAAUUUGUCCCCCUCCUGUUGGACAGACAUGGACAUUACACAGAUGCCAGCAGCACUUUCAUCACAAGACUGAAGUGCAUUUUCUGGUAGACUUUGUCCAAUUGGUCUUGACAGUCACAAACUCAGAACCUGUGAUUUUUCCUCACAUUGCUGAGGAGCAUGUGAUCCCUCCAUGGAAUAAAAUUGUUUGCUCCCUUA